GAUACUCGUUGUUUACAGUCUCAAUGGCACAGGAGAAACGAACCUCAAAAUAAAACUCUUUUAUCUAAUAACUGCCAACAACAAUGAGGAUUAGCCGGUGCCCAGUUUGAUAGUUAAGUCAAUCGUCUCAUAGAAGAUGCCUCUAGGAGAGAAGCCAAAGUGUGCAACAUGCGAAAGUGAAGAGAGCCUUUUGUGGCACUCCACCGAGUCGGGUCACUUAUGCAACAGCUGCCUCGAGAAGGAGAAGUCCAAAGAGACUGAGCAGCAGGUUUCUUCUGUAGGAAUCAGCACUGAGGAUAAACCAGCACGCAAAAGUACGCGCGUUACUAGAUACAAAUCCUCACAAUUGUCCAAUAAACCUGUGCCCAAGGGCAAGGGGCGCAGGCACAUUUUCAAGAAAACUCAGCCUAUGAAAUGUCCAUCUGCAACAGCUACUCCAGUUACUAGUAAUUUUGUAUUCUAUAAAGGUUCCUACUUUCAAGUUGGUGACAUAGUGUCCAUGCAAGAUAUUGAUGGAGGAAUAUACUAUGCUCAAAUUCGAGGAUUACUUACUGAUCAGUAUUGUGAAAAGAGUGCAGCUGUUACUUGGUUACUACCAACCAAUGCUAGUCCACCUCCAGAAGAUGGUUUCAGUCCAGAAACAUACAUAAUUGGUCCUGAAGAAGAUUUACCACGCAAAUUGGAGUACAUGGAAUUUGUAAUGCAUGCUCCUUCAGAUUAUUAUAAAUUGAAAAACAGUCCUUAUCCUCCAAUUCUCAGAGAGGGAGGUAAUGGUUACAUAUGGACAUCUUUCAGAAAUGAAGCAGGAAGAAAGUAACUUUUGUUGAGUUUUAUUCUAAUAAAAAUGCUAAAAGCUGUAAAUAUUUAUACUGUAAAAUUUAUUGGAGAUGAUAAGCUGUAAAGCAAUAUGUUUACAAUAGACUAGAUAAUAUUUUAUAUAAUUUUUUCGUUCAAUUGUUACAGAGCAAAUAGGAUUUAUUUAAAGAGGAGGGCUUGCAAAGUUAGUUCAUAAUUAUUAGUUAAUUAUUAUUAAAAUACUUUAUUGUAAAUUUAAUGUUCUAUGUAUAAUGUAGUCUAAGAUGUAAUCUUGGUAAUAACAGACUUGUAAUUUCGAAAAAAAUAAUAUAUUCUGAGCGUUUUUAUAAAAUAUAAAUUUAUUUUAUUCUAUUUUAAGUAUUUGAAUAAGAGAAAAAGAAAAAACUACAAAAAGUAAUUUUGCAACAGUUUCUAUUAUUAUUUAUUUUACUUUUAAUACAUUAUAACUAUAUACUUUAUUUAUAUUGGAUAGAGGCGCAUAUUAAAAAACUUUUACUUAUCACAUAUAAAAAUAAAUUUUAGAUAUUAAGCUUUUUACAGAUGUGUUUAGCUACACAAUAAAAUAU